UGUAUGCCCGCAUUGAAAGCACCUAAUGUUUGUCUCAAAAUGACUGUGUUAAAGUUGGAAUUGUUGUGUGUUCUGAGGGAAAAUACUCGUUUACGGUGUUGAGAAUGGUAGUUCGAAAAUAUGGUUCAUUUUAUAAGAACAUAUAGUAUGGCAUUUUAAAUCUUAAGAAUUUAACCUCCAUUUAAACAUGGCAUCAGUGUCACAAGCUGGUAAACUCCAAAGACAAGAUACAGGAAUUGUUACGAACUCGACAAAGAAACCCGUUCUAAAUCUUUUUCCACAAAGAGCGGACUGCAAAUAUACACCAUGUUAUUGUGAAGAAAAUGUUUGGAAACUCUGCAGUGAUGUAAAUACAAGACACCAAUCUGAACUGCAGCAUUGUCAUAUUGUAUUUGUGUCCAAUGACUGUCAUACUGUACCUCUUUGGAGGCAGAGAGCUGGCAAAGAAGAAGAAAAGCUUGUUAUAUGGGACUACCAUGUGGUGUUCUUGUACAAUCCUGAUGACCGAUGUCUCGUGUAUGACUUGGACUCAGAACUGCCAUUCCCAACAUACUUCCACAAAUACGUCACUGAAACAUUUCGCACUGAUCAGAUCCUCAAACCAGAGUAUUUCAGGUAUUUUCGAGUGGUACCAGCAUCAGUGUUCCUGCAACACUUUGCAUCUGAUCGCCGCCAUAUGAAGCGAGCUGAUGGUUCUUGGAUCAAACCUCCGCCUGAUUAUCCACCUAUCUCAACAUCAGCAAGCACCCAUAAUUUGGAUGAGUUCAUCAAUAUGGAUCCAACAAAGGGUGUUGGGCAAGUCAUGAACCUGACACAACUUGUGAAGACUUUUUACCAGCAGCUGUAGCCAGAGACUGAGUAUUGUGCUGGCAGUUAUGAGCUGUCACCUUCUGUUUUUCAUUCUUAACCAGCAGAUUGAAGUAUGAUCAGUUUGUAAAGCAGGCUUCACCUCAUUCAAACAGUUAAGGCUAUAAGAAUAUAAAAGGUAGAAGUAAAUUUCUCUUUUAAAGUUUUGAGUAUGCAGAAGAAUGACUAAUUUCUUGCAUUUAAUAAUCAGCAUUAAUAAAAAGACAACAAUCCCUUUUUAGAAUUUAAAGUUGCUGUAUCAUGCUAGUCUGUUUUACAGAGGACACUCAUAAUCAGAAGAUAUGCCAUCAAGAGUGUUGCAGUUUAGUGUAUUUUUUUAUGGGUAAUAAAUGUGUUGCUAUUUCUAGCACACUCAUACUUCUGAUAAUGCAUUCAUAAAGAGAAAUAUUAGUACUUCCUUUGUUUAUCAUUUGUUAAGAACAGAACUGUUUUGUUUGGAAUUCAGCCAUGCUUGAUGAUCCUGAUGAAGAGAAAGACUAGAAUGGCUGAUCUCUACAAAACUCUGUAUUAGGGACUUGUCAUAUAAUUCAAUUCAUUGCUUUAUUUCAUUUUAGAAUAAUUUCAUGUUGUGAAGCUACCAGAAAUAUUUUAAAUCCCCCCCACACAUAAUGGAGGAAUCCAACUAUUCUCACAUCACUAAAAUAACAAGCAGAGAAAAUAUAAGAACAAAUAUGAUUUCCUGGAAAAGCAAGGUUAUUUUUAUACCAUAUUACCUUGUUUUCAUAUUCAUUGUUCUUUUGUGAUUUAUAUUGAAAGAAAGAUUAAUUUUUUGUGAAUUUGACUGGCUUUCUAUUUCCUCCUUUAGUAAUUAUAAUAGAGGAUGUGUAAUUUUCAUAAACUUUUGUUAAUGCUGGUCAUUAAUGCAAAAGCUUACAUGGAGGCAUGGAAUGCUUGCUAAUAAUGAAAGAAGCCAUCCCUCCAUACAUACAUAACAUCCUUUACAGCCGUUUUCGUAUGUGACAUUAAAACCAAAUAUGAAAGUGGUGGUAAUAAUAAAAUAUACUAAUGCUGAAUGUAGUAUGUGGUGCAUGUUUUUGUUUUAAUUCAAAUUUACUACUGUUGGUCAGAUUUUGAGGUAGAAGUGACAUGGUAAUAUUGUGUUUGCUUUUUAUGUUUUCUGAUGAUGCAUAUGCAUAUUGAAAACAAUUUAAAAAACUGCUUGUUUUUUAUAUAAAGAAAGAAUUGAAUUUCCUAUUUCUUUUUGCUUGAAGAAUUUGUGGUUAAUAAACAAAAAUAGUUACUCUUAGAGAAAUAGGUUUACCUCAACAGUUUAAUGAUUACCUAUAUUACAAAUAACAAGAGACAAAUUCUUGGCCAUAGUCCUACCAGUUUCUUAGAAAACUUUAAAACUUCUUUGUUCUAUGCUUACUUUUUACUCUUCUUAAUUAAAAUAAAAUGUGCUUCGGGUUUGCAGGCAUUGUUUAUGUAGAGGAAAGGUAACUCUAGUUGUGAUCCUGUGAACAAAUACUGAAAUUAAGAACAUUAUCUCCCAAAUGUUCCAACAUUUAAGGAUGGCAUUUUAUCCCUUUGAACAUCAUGUCAUAUGCCUUUUCAUUGCUCAGUGGCCAAAGUAGUGUGUAACUGCAAAGAACAUUGUUUUUCUUCAGUGUGUUUUCCAUAGAAACACUGGGGCACUGGGGUAUUACUAUAUAUGACUGUUUAUACAUUGAAUACAGAUUUUUGUUUUGAUUAAGGCUUGUUGAAAGAAAUGUUACAAUUGACUUUUCUAACUAGAAAAAUAUAACCUCUUUUUAUGACAUAAGUGGGUUUAGACCAAAGGAAGAGAACUAUGUAAUUUGUAGUUUCUUGCAGUUGCCAUCCUCUCCAACUGAAGUGGAAAUAUACCAAGUCACAUGUUACAAAAGAUAAAAAUACAUGUGUUUUUGUCUAUUGCUGAUUACUGAAUGCAUACAAGUCUUCAUCUCCUCUAGGCUUGGUAGACAUAGUAAAACAUAAUCCUACAGUUACUGUGAUGUUCGCUCUGACUGCUCAAACAAGUGAUCAUCAGGGAAUACUUGUACAAAUGGAUUGACAGUGUGAAAUCAUAAUUAUGUAAUGUUGUUUGUUAUCUGUUCUCAUCCAGUAUCUCAUCCUGGUAAAUUUGUUAAUACAUCAGUUUAUUUAUUUAUGUUGGGUAUAUUGGGAUGUGAUUUAUGGAUUGAUCAGAUGAAGUGCUUUUUUUUUUUUAACUGAAAAUUAAGAGAGAGAGUAGCAUUUUGUGGGAUAUAUACAAUUACUGCAAACACAGAAAACUUGUUGCUUCAGUGUAAACAUUAUAGUCACAUGCUACAGUAAUAGCAACAGAGUACCAUAUAUUGACGGGCAGCAGUCAUGGUAUGCCACAAAUCAGUAAUGUGCUACAAGUUGCAUGUGAUCACCUUUGUCUAAACCCAACUUCAAUUAUGCUUCUUGUAUAGGGUGAUUUUAAAACUCUUGGCAAGGGCCCAAAUAUACAAAUUCAGUUACUUUUCAGUACUAAAUCACUUUGGAAAUGCUUGAUGUAUAUGUCAGACUUGAAUGGUGAAUUUUGUAGGUUGAUUAAGCGUCUUACGUAUCGACAGUCCGUCAAUAACGCAACAAUUGUUUGUUCAUCAUUUAACACUUAACACAACAUGUUUCAGCCAUAGAUGGCUAUCUUCAGGUGUCUUAAUGCAUCCACACUGUUACACUGCUCUGAUGUGCCUAGUGCCUAGUGAAGACAAUGCCACACGCUGCUAGAGGGAACAACAUACAAGCAAGGGGGCACAUUACAGAUUGCAGACAUAGCAAAACAACAGGCUAACAAACAGAAAAGCAAGCUGCAGAAACGAACUUUCAGGAAUAAUCACAUAGCUCCAAACAAGUGGACAAUGCCCCUUAUGAAGUGGAAUAGGAUUUUACAAAAAAAGUUUUAAUAGAAAAUUUUAAUGGAUUUAAUUAAUUAUUUAUGUUAUUUUUAA